GACAAGACUUUGCGGAGAUGGGAUCUAAAAGAUUCGGUGCUUCUCGAGACCUUUCCCGUUGGAGACGCGCAGAUCAGGUGCCUCUCUAGCCCAUUCAGCCCAGCUACGUCAGUGGUGGCGGGUGAUGAGAAGGGUAACCUCCAGAUCUGGGACACCAAAACUGGAGCCGUCGAGAAGCGGAUGUCUGGGCACACUGAUGGUGUGCUGUGCGUAUCCCAGGUGCAUGCAGGUUUCGUCGUAAGUGGAGGGCGAGACGGCCGACUGUGCUAUUGGCGGCUGGAAGACGGUCUUUGCUUACGGUCUGUGGAGGUUUCGGAAGUCAGUGCAGGCCGAACGACUGCUAGCAGUAGUUUGACCGCGCCUUUCGGCCAUGGACAUGUCCGGCAGAUGCUAGGGUUCAGAUUUUGCUGGGCUUGGGUGGUGUAG